AUGUCAAUCACGGAACUUGUCUUUAUAACAGUCCAACCCGAUCCUCAGGUACGCAAGGAACUUAAUAUGAAGCUACCAGAUGCCCUUAGAGGGGUAUUUUCUGGGCUUCCCAAACUAGAAUCUCUGUAUAUUGCAUCAAAUUUUGGGCUCCUAGGUGAAGACGGAGGUAGUCAUGAUGAUAUAUGCCUUCUUUUAAAAUGGCAAGAUAUUUCGGGCUUUGAUUCCUUCAUUAAGUCAACAGACUUCGCUGCAUUCAAAAGAUCCAUAUUGCCAUACCUUACUGGUCCAGCUGAUAUCCAGUUGUAUGAAUCGCUAGAAGAUGUGCCGGUUCGCAUGGCGGUCGAUUCGCCGCAUCUUCACAUCAUGAGAUCUCAUCCCAAUGUCGCCAAUAUUCAAACUGGCCGAAUUAGCCGAACCAGUUUUGAGGACCGGUGGAAGGAUUUUAUUGAGCAAUGUAGAUUGGCGUUGAGUGCCAAAAGCAGUUUAAUUGGGUCAUUUAAUGGCUUAGGGUUGCGCAAAGAAGAUAGUGCUUUUUUUGGUGCAACACUGUGGAAGGAUCGUGAGUCAAUUAACUCAACUCUAAGCGACAGUGCCGUCAACCAACAUCUCCAACGGCUGCAGGAAGUAACUGGGACCAACAAUUGGGUUCACUUUUUGAUGAAAAUAGACCAGGUGGCAUUGGAUAAAUAA